UAAGCUGGGGCACAGUGCCUGGGGCGCGCCAGGCGGAAAGGGAAGGGAACGGAAGCCGAGAGGGGGUCAAGAGGAGCAGCUGACGGGCGGGUGGACUUCAGGUUCAGGUAGCUCUGAUUCAAGGGCCUGCCCCGCUGUUGCCAUGACCCUAGCAAAAACUACGAUCUCCCUCCUUCCCAUCUGACUCCACAGACCUCGGAGAGAGAAUAGGCCAAUCUUCUCAUUUUACAGAUGGGGAAACUAAGAAAAUGGACUUGGGUGCUGAACUGUCAUCAGGAUGCUCCGUCGAAAACCCACUCGCUUGGAACUGAAGCUAGAUGACAUUGAGGAAUUUGAAAGUAUCCGGAAGGAUCUAGAGACCCGUAAAAAACAGAGGGAAGAUGUGGAUGUGGUGGGAGCAAGUGAUGGAGAAGGAGCAAUCAGCCUCAGCACUGACCACAAGACCCGAGAACAAAUGAUCAAUGAUCGAAUUGGUUAUAAGCCUCAGCCCAAACCUAAUAAUCGUUCCUCUCAAUUUGGAAGCUUUGAGUUUUAGAGUUUGUAGAAAAAUUAUCCUGUGUGCCUGCCUCUGACAAAGCAAUGCAAUGAAGGCAAUAUUUAAAAUACUAUUUGGAGAACUGGGUACUUGAAGACUAUUAGAAUAUUUUGUCCUCGUGAGAUCCUUGGGAGGCUUAACUUCUUUAUUGAGGAAAAAUUUGAACUCUAAUUGGUGUCUGGAGUAUUUUCAUCUUCCUCUCCAGAAAGCUUAUAUUUCAUUUUUUAAAAUAAAGACAUCUUUAGAAUA